AUGGACAGUAGUACUGAGUGCACCCUCAGCAAGUUUGCCAACACCACCCAGCUGUGUGGUGCGGUCAACACACUGAGGGAAGGGAUGUCAUCCAAAGGGACCUUGACAGGCUUGAGAGGGCAUGGAACCUUGCAAGGCCAGAAUUACCUAGGUAGCCUUGCCCUUGAGGAAACCCGCAACAUAUUCCUGUGGUGCUACAUGGCUGCAAAUAAACUUAAACUAGAGAUUCCACUAACAAAAAGAAAAGGGCUUGUACCUCAGUGAUGUUGUCAAUUUUGGUCAUCUGCAUAUCACAGUAAUCAGUGGAGGUACAGAGGGCUGUAUGACAGUACUCAUUUUGCUAUAGACAAACGGUCAUUUAUAGCAGGACUGCGUUUGUAUGGGUCAAGCUGUGGCAAAGCUGAAUACAGUGUCAAAAUUGAACUGAAAUAUUUAGGGGUUGUCCUUGCUCAAAAUCUCACUAAGUUUACCUCCAAUGGCUCCAGCAAUACUUUCUCUGUGUGGUUGGAACACCCUGUGCAGGUCGAGCAAGACACAUUCUACCAUGGAAGUGCUAUCUCAACAGUAAUGACUGAAGUGCAGUGUGGGAAAGUGACGUUCCGGUUCCAGCAUUCCUCAGACAGUGUUAAUGGAACUGGAGCACAUGGAGGACAAACACCUGAGCUCAUUUUCUAUGCAUGA